GCGUCAUAUGACGUCAUCGAGCCGUCCGGAAGCGCCCCCACGUGUCCUCCCACCUCGGUUCUGGGACCUCUGAUCUUGCUGUCACCCACCAUGGGUCGCUCCCGCCGGACGGGUGCGCACCGAGCGCACUCCUUGGCCCGUCAGAUGAAGGCGAAGCGGCGGCGGCCGGACCUGGAUGAGAUUCACCGCGAGUUGCGGCCCCAGGUCGCCGCACGGCCCAGGCCAGACCCAGGAGCUGAACCCGAUCCCGACCUGCCAGGGGGCGGCCUGCAUCGCUGUCUGGCCUGCGCGAGGUACUUCAUCGAUUCUGCCAACCUGAAGACCCACUUCCGAUCCAAAGAUCACAAGAAGAGGCUGAAGCAGCUGAGUGUGGAGCCCUACAGUCAGGAAGAAGCGGAGAGGGCAGCGGGCAUGGGUUCCUAUAUUCCUCCCCAGCGGCUGGCAGUGCCCACAGAAGUAUCCACUGAGGUCCCUGAGAUGGAUACAUCUACAUGACAUGGCCUGAGGAUGCAAGGCAGAGGAGCUGCCCGUGGACAGUGGUACAGGGGCCAGGUUGGGAGAGACUGUGCCAAUCUCUUUUGGUUUGGAGGAUGGCCUCUUCCAGAUACCCUCCCUUCCAAUAAAAGAA